UAUCGUUUGGACACAGUCGCAGCUAGAGCAAACCUAACUGUAACUACCAAACCAAAUCAUAGUUUAUAUGUGAUCAAGAAUAUAAAUCUGGCCUUCGUCCAAUACAAGGAUCGAUCACUAACCAGUACGGUUUCCUCUUCUUGCUUUGCACUUGUCGGAAGCGAAAAGAAUGGAGGCACAAAUACGGUUGCUUCUUUUGGUGGCUAUGGCGGUCGUCGCCGGUUGCGCCACCGGCGGCCUCGCCGCGACGUCGUCCCGGCCGGGCAGUCUGAAGGGCCUGCGCGUGGCCCUGACGCACGUGGACGCGCACGGCAACUACACGAAGCUGCAGCUGGUGCGACGGGCGGCCAGGCGGAGCCACCACCGCAUGUCGAGGCUCGUCGCGCGGACCACCGGCGUGCCGAUGAUGGCCAGCAAGGCUGCUGCGGCAGCAGGAGCCGACCUGCAGGUGCCCGUGCACGCCGGGAACGGCGAGUUCCUGAUGGACCUGUCCAUCGGCACGCCGGCGGUGCCGUACGCGGCCAUCAUCGACACGGGCAGCGACCUGGUGUGGACGCAGUGCAAGCCGUGCGUGGAGUGCUUCAACCAGAGCACGCCGGUGUUCGACCCGUCGUCGUCGUCCACCUACUCCGCGCUGCCGUGCUCCAGCUCCUUCUGCGCCGACCUGCCCACCUCCAAGUGCACGACCGCCACCAAGUGCGGCUACACGUACACCUACGGGGACUCCUCGUCGACGCAGGGCGUCCUGGCCGCGGAGACCUUCACGCUGGCCAAGGAGAAGCUCCCCGGCGUGGCCUUCGGGUGCGGCGACACGAACGAGGGCGAGGGGUUCACGCAGGGGGCGGGGCUCGUGGGCCUCGGCCGGGGUCCGCUCUCGCUGGUCUCGCAGCUCGGCCUCGACAAGUUCUCCUACUGCCUCACCUCCCUCGACGACACCAGCAAGAGCCCGCUCCUGCUCGGCUCCCUCGCCGCCAUCUCCAAGACGUCGUCCGUGCAGACCACGCCGUUGGUCAAGAACCCGAGCCAGCCGUCCUUCUACUACGUGAACCUCAAGGGCCUGACCGUGGGAUCGACGCACAUCACCCUGCCGAGCUCGGCCUUCUCCGUGCAGGCGGACGGCACCGGGGGAGUGAUCGUCGACUCCGGCACGUCCAUCACGUACCUGGAGCUGCAGGGCUACCGCGCGCUCAAGAAGGCCUUCGCGGCGCAGAUGAAGCUGCCGGCCGCUGACGGGUCCGGGAUCGGGCUGGACAUGUGCUUCGCGGCGCCGGCGAGCGGCGUGGACCAGGUGGAGGUGCCGAAGCUGGUGCUCCACUUCGACGGCGCGGACCUGGACCUGCCGGCGGAGAACUACAUGGUGCUCGACUCCGGGUCCGGCGCGCUGUGCCUGACGGUGAUGGGGUCGCGGGGCCUGUCCAUCAUCGGCAACUUCCAGCAGCAGAACAUCCAGUUCGUGUACGACGUCGGCGGCGACACGCUUUCCUUCGCGCCCGUGGAGUGCGCCAAGUUGUGA